AUGGGCGCGUUGGCAAGCGCAGUUCAGGUUUUUGCCCCGAGUGGUCAGCAAACGCCGACCCACCCAAGGGUGAUAAGGUCCCUCAAGGUACACAUACGUACUACACUAGUCGAUCAGAUGCGUGCUAUCAUACUAUCAGAGGUCGAAUUCGUCGCUCUACUGGGGCUCAGUCUCUGGUCGCCAAGAAUGCAUCGCGGUUGUGAAAAAGCGGAACGAAUUGCUAACAACUACCGAGCGCAGAUUUUCUAUGGUCUUCACGAGCAUUAUCGAGAUGAACGAAAAAUGGACAACUACGCCAAUCGACUUGGUGAUAUCAUGUGCUUAUUCGUCGAUGCCCAGGUAAUCUGCCAAAAAACCUGUAGGGGGAACGGAACGAAAUCUUUGUUCCUCGUAGACACGUUCCGCGCAAUCCGCUAA